GGCGCGCGCCGGGGCCUGGGGAAUCAUUCCCUCGCGCCGCGAGGCCCUGGGGAGACGCCCGGCGCGCGCAGCCGCCGCCUUCGCCUCGGUCGGGCCGCGUGCCCGCGCCUCCUCUCAGGACCCGCCCCGGCGCACCCCUCGCCGGCGCCCGCGGGCCCCGCGUUGUCGGCCGCGUGGGCGUCGGGAGCUUCGGGACGCUUCGGGCGGGUCACGUGGGGAGACGCGAGCCAGGCCCCGGCCACCGCGCGGUGUCUGGGUCGGCGGCCGCCCCGGCCCUGGGGCGCCGGUUGGAAGGCGGCUCCUGCCCUCGGGGACCGGGUUGGGCCCGAGUCGCGGGCGCUCUCCGUCUGCGGACGUGGCGCCUGCCCCCCUCCCCCGCCCGCCCGCCUCGCCUCGCCUCGCCUCGCCUCGCUCCCGGUCUUACCCUCUUCCCCCCAGUGCGCCUGCACACGGUUCUGCUUUAGCUUUCCCCAGUUUCAUGCUCCUUCUCACACAACACCCUGGAUUUUUAACAAUAAGCGUUGAUCGAGUAGUCUUGUCCCAUGUGAUGAUGACGUCCUCUUCACGUAUGAUUGUAGCACUGCAGAAAAGAAGUCACAGGAGAAUAAAGGGGAGGACGGGCAGCCCACGGAUAAGGGGAGUGACACGAUUCUGGCGUCCACCUUCUCCAAGUCUGGCAGCUAUUUUGCUUUAACUGAUGACAGACUGUGGUGAGGAGGUGCACGGCCCUGACCUUCACGGCCUCGGAGGAGAAGCUUUUGGUGGCCGACAAGUCUGGGGAUGUUUAUUCCUUUUCGGUGCUGGAGCCACAGGGAUGCGGCAAGCUUGAGCUUGGGCACCUGUCGAUGUUGUUGGAUGUGGCUGUGAGUCCCGACGACCGCUAUGUCCUCACCGCCGACCGGGAUGAGAAGAUCCGGGUCAGCUGGGCUGCGGCGCCGCACAGCAUCGAGUCCUUCUGCCUCGGGCACACAGAGUUUGUGAGCCGCAUCUUCGUGGUGCCCGACCACCCCGAGCUGCUGUUGUCCUCCUCUGGGGACCGCACCCUGAGGCUCUGGGAGUACCGAAGUGGCCGAGAGCUGCACUGCUGUCACCUGACCAGCCUGCGGGAGCCGGCGGAGCCGUGGGGUGACAAGAGGUUCGCCGCAUCCAGGAUCACCUACUGGAGCCCCGAGGGCUGCGUGGCACUGCUGUGUGACUGCGUUCCUGUUGUCUACAUCUUCCAGCUCGAUGCCCACAGACAGCAGCUAGGUUACAGACAGCAGCUGGCUUUUCAACACAGAGUGUGGGACAUUGCUUUCGAGGAGGGCCAGGGACUGUGGGUCCUGCAGGACUUCCGGGAAGCCCCCCUUGUGCUCUGCAGGCCUGUGGACGGCUGCUGGCAGGCUGUUCCUGAAGAUGCCGCCUUAAAGAAGGUCUCCGCCCAUCUUCAGGGGAAUUGGGCCAUGCUGGAAGGUGCGGCUGGCGUGGACGUGGGCUUCAGCGGUCUCUACAAGGCCACCUUUGACAACAUGACAGCCUACCUGAGGAAGAAGGAGGAGAGGCUGCAGAAGCGGCGGCAGAACCUGCCCCCUGGGCCCAAUGGGCAGGCCAAGAAGAUAAAGCCAGGGGAGGCGUCCCUGAGGUGCUCGUCCUAGCCACGCCGACUGUGCUUGCCCCCUCCCUGCCGAAGGCUCCCUUUGGGAAGCAGAAGGGGGAUGUCGUUCCCGACCCAUGCUUGGUGACAGUCCGGUCCACACCAGCUCAGCACACACGUCGGCCGUCCCAGAGAAUGGGUGGGUGUCCUGGGCUCUAGAACUUUCUGCCGCUGCGCAGAGGCUCCCCUGCCUGGUGUCUCGGGCGCCCGCUGGCUGAAGGGAAGCCGUGCCGCGUGUGACUCAGCUAGAGAUACUACAAGUGAGUAGUGCAAGUGCCUGGAAGCACUUUUUCUUCAUAUUGGAGGAAAUCGGAACCCGCAGUGGCAGCUGUCGGUGUUGCACUGUUCCCAGAACGCUGGACGCGUUUUCCUCCAGCGAGAUCCACAUGCCGAACGUGUUUACGGCCGCGCGAUAGACACGCUUUGUCCCCGGGUCUCCCUCUGGACGGUGUCCCGCGCUGUCCGGCACAGGGGCCACUGGCCAGGGGGGUGGAGGACUCCGUUCCUCCGUCAGCACCCGCGCUGCUCCCGGGCCGGGUCCCCGCGUGUAAGUGCGGCUGCUGCCGACGUGAUGCGGGCUCAGUGGGGGCGCAGGGCACAGACUCGGCUUCUCCCGGGGUGCGCGAGGACCCGGGAGCCCCGGCCGUAACGGAGGUCUGCAGGGAAGUGGUUGCGGCCGGCACGCGCGUGUGAUCUCCCUGUGAGCUCUGUGCACACGAUGCAGAGACCGGGGGUGUCAAGCGAAUUCUAGUCACCACUUAAUAAAGAUGAGCUUGUGCAGCUUCUGGAAAUGUGUAGCAGCAGCAUCGGGAACUGAUUCCAAAAUACACUGAGCAAAACCAUCUUUGACGCGUGUACUGUUUGUGACUGAAACGACUCCGUAGUACGAAGAAGCGUUCCUUUGGUGGUUGGGCUUUGUAGUUGUCUCUGCUGCUUUGGUUAUCUGUGUUUCUACCCACUUCCUGGUGAUUGGUCUCGAAUACGGGAAACCCGUGUGUGUCCGCGAUGACUUCGGUGAGGGGUUUUUGGGAUACUAGAAACAAAUGCUUUUGUGUAUCAGAAGCUGGAAUGCUUCAGCUUUCCCUAAGUGCCUUGUUUUGCUGUACACAUUGAUCCGAACACAGUGCUGUGUGUGAACUGCUCAGGUCCCUUCCCACGAGGGCAGAAGUGUUUUGUUCAAGGAGCAGAGGGGGCGUGCCUGGGCCAGGAUGGGGGUGCUGGGGCCCGGGUCCUCCUGUAGGAGCCUCGUUAGCACUGCCCUGGGCACAGGCAGAGUUCUCUUUGACAGUCUGCUUUGAGAUUCUUGGCUUUAGGAGGAACUUUGGUUUGGUCUUUUUGGUGUCUUGUGAAGUGGCCUGCAGGCCAAGGCUUGUCGCUGCCUGGUUUUGUAUGGCCUGUGAGCUCGGAAUGGCUUUUACGUUUUUAAAUGGUUGAAAACAAAUUAAAAAAAAUAGUAUUUCGUGGCAUGUGACCGUCAUAUGCAAUUCAGAUUCCAGCGUUCUUAAAUAAAAUUUUGCCGGGACACAGCUGGCCUGUUCGUUAGGUACCGUCUCCGUGUGUUUUGUGCUCCAGCAGCAGGGUGGCCCAGUUGCCCCAGAGACCAAGUGGCUGGCAGAGUCCAAGGUAUUUGUGGUCUAGCUCUCACGGAGAAGUUUGCCGAUCCUUCUUUAAGAUCUCUUUUAAAUCUGUAGUGUCUUGUUUUUUUUUUAAAGAUUUUGUGGAUGUAUUUGACAGACACAGCGAGAGAGGGAACACAGGCAGGGGGAGUGGGAGAGGGAGAAGCAGGCUUCCCGCCGAGCAGGGAGCCCGAUGCGGGGCUCGAUCCCAGGACCCCGGGAUCAUGACCGGAGCUGAAGGCAGACGCUUAACGACUGAGCCACCCAGGCGCCCCAUUAAAUCCGUGUAGUUUUAAAAUGAACUGGUCCAUUUCUUUAAAGACCGAACAAACCGUAUUCUUCCGUGUUCACGUUGAUCUUCUUUCUCACCAAACAUUCAUUCGUGUUCUCUGUGGGCAGGUGUCUUUGUAAAACAGGGCCAGGUUGGGAGGGGUCCCUGGGUCACCUGGCCGGAGCUAGGGGCUGUGUAAGGUGGGUCCUCUUGCACCUGAUGGGGAGACUCAGACAUGCCUGUCAGUACGAGGCCGUGCCGAGCAGCCAGUCAGGAUCAGAAUGGAGUAGGAGGGGGCCAUGGCCAUCACCGUCUUUCCCGUGGUUGCUUUCAAAUUGCUUUCAUUCUUGUCACGGUCACACGUGCACAUGACGGAGACCAAACUCUCUUGGCCAACUGAUUGUGACAGUGACCCGCUCUGUGCCCUUCUCCCCAUCCCGUCUCCCAGCUGCUGCUUUUAGCUCGUUUCUCGUGUUCAUCUUGGUACAGCCCAUGUCCUCCGCGAGCCCCAGGACUGCCGACAGCAGUGAUCACGCCGGCCGAUGGGUCGUGCUCCAUUGGCCCACACUGGUGCCUCUGUCCCCUGUCUGUCCCAGCACAUGCUGACUCGGGCUCCGGCAGCAGGCGGGAGUGGGAGGAGGGAGCACAGCUCCCCCUUCUGCCGCAGCAGCCUUCCCGGGGGGCUGCACCUGUUUGGGGCAGAAGUGGCCUCCUGGUCCCGAAACCCUGUCCAUGCCUCUGGAAUGAGUCCCUCCAUAAGGUGAGGGAGCCAUGUUCUCGGGGACCCUGGUAACUAGUCCAUACCUGGAGGCCCCCAGCUGCCUCAGACAUUUCUUUUUCGGUUGGUCGCUCUGAACCCCGACCUGUGAUGACCGUGUGCUGUGUUUGAAGGCUUUUACGUCUCAUGCCCACUUUCUCCCGUGGCUGACUUGCUGAGCUCAAAGCAGAGCCUUUUGUUUGUGGUUUCGUUUCGCCUGCUGACCAGCUAUGGGAGCCAAGGAUUGAGCUUCCUUACACGCCUCUUUAAUUUUAUUUAUCUCCUAUUUUCCGCUUUUUUUUAGUUUUUUUUAAGAUUUUAUUUAUUUAUUUGACAGAGACACAGCGAGAGCAGGAACAAAAGCAGCAGGAGUGGGAGAGGCAGAAGCAGGCUCUCCCCUCAAGGAGGGAGCCCCAUGUGGGACUCGAUCCCAGGAUCCCGAGAUCAUGACCUGAGCCGAAGGCAGACGCCUAACGACUGAGCCACCCAGGCACCCUUUUUUUUAGUUUUUAUGUAUUUUACGUUUUGGGGAGAUUCCUUGGGUCUGUUUCAUUUAUUUAGUUUUUAAAAGAUUUAUUUUUAAGUGAGCUCUAUGCCCAACGUGGGGCUCGAACUUAUAAUUCUGAGAUCAAGAGUCACACGUUCUACUGACUGAACUAGCCAGGCACCCCCAGCUCAUGUAUUGACUUAAAAAAUCUGGUGGUCGUGGGUUGCUUGGGUGGCUCACUCAGUUGGUUAAGCAUCCGACUUUUGAUUUCGGCUCCUGUCACGAUCUCGGGGUCGUGGGAUGGAGCCCCGUGUCGGACUCCGUGCUCAGUAGGGAGUCUGCUUGAGAUUCUCUCUCUCCCUGUCCCUCUACUCCUCCAGUCGCACGUGCAUGGACGCGUGAGCACUCACGUGUGCACUCUCUCUAAAUAAAUAAAAUCUUUUAAAGAAAAUCUGGUUGUCCUGUUUCUCAAUUCUCAGCACUUUCUUGGCCUGCGUACAUUUUGAUUCAGCUACAGCUGGAAGGCGCAUGUAGAAUGCACCAACUAGACGGCUGCCAGCUGAAUGCGCAUGUGUACCGUGCCCACCGGAAACAGCUGGCGGCCAGGCCAGCAGGUGGCUUGCCUUGUGUUGCUUCAGGCCACUUUGGCUCAGCUCUUUUGGUGAUCUGCACUGGGGCUGCGGGUUUUGGAUGGUUCACUCUAGUUUCUGUGUACUGUUCCCACAGCAGCAUGUCUGUUCCGUCAGUGCGCUUUGGAAUAGUUUCCAAAUUUUGGCUGCGAUGAACAUUCUGGUUCUCAUCUCUAGGAACAUAUGUAAACAUUUCUGUUAGGUACCUACUCAGGAGAACUGCUGGCUCUUAGUUCUGCAGAUGUUUCGUUUAGAUGGUACUGCCUGUUACUUCAAACCCCUCACUAUGGACUGUAAAAUUCGGUGCGUUCUCAACACUCAGCAUUUGGGUUGUGGUGGUGGUCAGUUUUGCAAAGGCACAAACUCGGGAGUUACGGCCUGGGGUGUGGGAGCCGGUGAAGCUGCCCACCUCGUGUGCAGACUGAAAUUUGAUCUUGUUCUCGGCAAGGGCACCUUAAAGAAGCGCUUGGAUCGCCUGCUCCGGCGGCUGUCCGCCACAGGCGAUGAGGAUGCUCAGGCAGCCUGUGAAGAGGCCAACGGGCCCAAGGAGCCGGGGUCUCUUGCCAGUAGCCAGCAUCGACUGGCCGGCCCGAGCCAGCCGUUCCGGAGGCGCCUCGCUCUGACGCUGAUCUAGAACGCUGUUGUUUCCUACGGCACCGUAGCCUGAACCCUGGAUGUGUUGACAUGUAUUUUUCUAGCUUCCCUUGUGAUUUCUUUGAUCUGUGGGUUAUUUGGAAGUGUAGUUUAGUUUUAUAAACAUCGAAUUUUUCCGGGUUUUUUGUUGUUGUUACGGAUUUCUUGUUUUAAUUCCAUUGUGGUCUCAGAGUAUACUUUGAUUUCACUCUUUUUAGAUUCGUUGAGCCUUGUAUGCCAUACGGCACGGUGGUUAUCUCGCACAUACGUGACAAGAGUGCGUGUUCUGUAGUUGUUGGCCGGAGGGUGCUCACGUGGCGUGGUUGGGUCCAGUUGGUGACGGUCUUGGUUGUCCUCAGCUGGAAGAACAGUCCUCCUCCUGAUUUUUGUGGUCUUCUAUCGAUUACUGAAAUCCGUAUUUAAAUGUAAGUGUGGGUUUGUUUAGUUCUCUGUGUCCUACUGGGUUUUGCCUCAUAUAUUUAAAAAUCCUGACAUUAGUGCCCCCUCACCGAGGAAUGUGACAUCAUCUUGUUGAACGACCUCUUCACGGUUAUGAAAUGUUCCUUCUCAUCCCUAGGUCUGUCUUGUUCUCAGGUUUGGAUGGUUGAUGCUAUAACACAGAUGCACAUUUCUUCAGUGCGUGUUCGUGGGACCUCUUCCCACCCCUUUGCUUUUCUCAGAUGUGUGGAUUUAUAUUUAAAGUGGGCUUGUUGGGGCGCCUGGGUGGCUCAGCUGGUUAAGAGUAUGACUUCCACUCAGGUCAUGAUCCCGGGAUCCUGGGAUCGAGUCCUGCAUCGGGCUCCCUGCUCUGCGGGGAGCCUGCUUCUUCCUCUCCCUCUGCCCCUCCCUCCUGCUUGUGCUCUUUCUCUCUGUCUUGCUCACACACUCUCUCAAAGAAAUAAAUAAAAUCUUAAAAAAAAAAAUAAAGCGGGUUUGUUGCAGACAACAUAUUUUUAUGUCCAAAAUACUGGAUUUCAGUGCAAAUACAACCUGAGCCACAUAAGUAAUUUAGAAAUUUCCAGUAGUCAUUCUGAAAAUUUUCUAAAAAGCAGGUGAAAUUAAUUUUUGAAAAUAUAGUUUAUUUCGCUGAACACAGCAAAAAUAUUUCAACAUGGGCUCUGUAUAAUUACUCAUGAACUAUUUUAUUUUCUAUUUCUAAUGUUAGUUGUUGGAAAUCUGGUGUGUAUUUCAUGCUCUAGUACCCUUCCAGCUUUGAUGAGCCGCGUCUCAAUGCUUGGUGGCCCCGCCUGGCCGCUGGUGUUCCAAGGGGACAUAGGCCAUUUAUGUGCAGUUAACCUUCAUUGCUAUGGGGUCUGCUGUCAUCUUGUCACUUGUUUUCUCCUUGUCCCGUGCGUUUUGUUCCCUUCUCUUUCCCAGCUUCCUUUGGUAUGAAUCGAAUAGUUCUUUAAUAUCCCAUUUUAUUGCAUUCUUGGGUUUAUUAACUAUAGACCUGUUUUCCUUUUUUAGCGAUUAGCGUUGAAAUAUGCAGCUUUCAAUUCUCAUGGCCUGCCUUCGAAUGAUACUGUACCACGUUCCCCUCCUGUUCUCCAGCUGUCGAAGUGUGUGGCAGGCCCAGCACCGCGACCUUAGGCCAGCUGGCCAGUGUGGCCCUUGGCCGGUGUUGCCCAGUGGUUGCCCAGACCAGGGGGAGACUCCCCCUGACCGAGGAGUGGCUCCCGCCCAGGCAGUUCGGGGCGGCACAGGUGUAAAGCACCUGCUUUCCUCUGGCAGUCUGGAGUUUUCGUGCAUGGCAGGCAGAGGCUCAGUGAAAACGCUGGGCACCAGGUCUCACGCGCAUCUCUGGCCACGACACUUCACAAUUGUCACCACUCUCUGUUGGCACGAAGCCCAUCACGUGUCCACUGUUGGCACUUGUGCCUCGUGUCCCCAGACUUCCAUCUCGUGUGCCUUUUCCCUGUGCUGACGGUGCUCUGUCUUUCUCUGUAGUCAAUCCCAGCCGUCAGUGUGAUGACGGGCUGAGCCCUGGGGUCCUUCCAGGGAAUCGCAGACCGGACGUGUCUCAGGGGCCCCGAGACUGUCGUCACACACCGAAUUCCAUUUAUGUGUAAAAUCUUCAACACACCGUAAUUAUCUUUGCUUUAUCCCCGUCCUGUCCCCUACAGCAGGUGGUCUCAUGUGGAGCUAUUUAAUUGAAGUAAUUAAAAUCAAAUGAGAAUUGAAAUUCACUUCCUCAGUCCCACUAGUCGUGUUCCUUGGGCUCAGCAGCCCAGUGCGGCCCGUGUCCACCACGCUGGGCAGCCCGGGAAGAGCCUGUCUCUGCCGUUGCAGGAGGCGCUGCUGGACGGCAGUGUUCUCAGGAGAUUGGAAAGGAGAAAAAAGUUACAUUUUCCUACACGUUUACCGUUUGCAGGGCUGUUUAUUCCUUUGUGUAGAUGCACUUUAUCGCAGCUCACCUGCUAAGGAGUCCUAAAAAAAAAACAAGCCAACUUUUCUCACCUUAGCUUUAUUUUUAUUUUUUAUUUUUUUAAAGAUUUUAUUUAUUUGACAGAGAGAAACAGUGAGAGAGGGAACACAAGCAGGGGGAGUGGGAGAGGGAGAAGCAGGCUUCCCACCGAGCAGGGAGCCCAAUGCGGGGCUCCAUCCCAGGACCCUGGGACCAUGACCUGAGCCGAAGGCAGACGCUUAACGACUGAGCCACCCAGGCGCCCCAUCACCUUAGCUUUAAAAAUCUUUUUACCUUGAGAUAAUUGUGCAUUAGCAGGCAGCUGUUAGAUUAAAAAAUCCAGGAGGUCCCAUCUUCCUUGACCGUUUCCCCCAAGGACGACUCACUGUGUGAUUACAGGAGAGGCUCAGCCAGGCGGUGGACGUGGGCCUCACAUCCCUCCUCAGAUUUCCUCCAUUCUGCAUGUGCUCAUCUGUGUGCGGUGUACGUUCUCUGCAGUAUUUUCUCACCUACGGAUUCGUGUGAACGCUGUGGUCAGGGGACAGCAUCGACGUUCCCAUCACCCACGUCCCCCGGGCUGCCCAGUGUCGCCAUUGCGCCUCCCGCCUGCCCUGCCCCGCUGAGCGGUCCUCCGUGUCCGUUAUCACUGCUUUCAAGAAUUUGAUACUUGAAUUCUUGGGACCAUGCAGCGUGCAAGCUUUUGAGGUUGGCUUCUUUCCCUCAGUACAGUUCUCUGAAGACUCGUGCAAGUUGUGGGUUUUGUCAACAGUCGAUUCUUUGUUAAUGGCACUGGAACAUUCUGCCGUGUGCGUGAGUUCCUUGUUUGUUCUGGCUCCUGCGCGCUGUGCCUCCUGGUGGCCUGUGGGCAUGAGGCGCUUCCCGUGUUUGACGAUCAUCCAUGAAGCUGCUGUGGAUAUUUGCGGGAGUGUGUGUGUGAAUGUGUGUCCCUUUCACUGGGAUGAAGCCCCAGAGUGCAACUGAGGGGGGUCUAGAGCACGCGGAGCUUUGUUAGCACCACGCUGUUUCCCCGAGUGGCUGUACCAUUUUAUGUCCCUACCGCCUGGGUGUGGCCGACCCAGUUUCUCUGCAUCUUCACCAGCGUUUGGUGUGUCCCUGUUUUUUUUUUUUUUUUUAAAGAUUUUAUUUAUGUAUUUGACAGAGACACAGUGAGAGAGAGAACACAAGCAGGGGGAGUGGGAGAGGGAGAAGCAGGCUUCCCGCCAAGCAGGGAGCCCGAUGCGGGGCUCGAUCCCAGGACCCUGGGAUCAUGACUUGAGCUGAAGGCAGACCGCUUAAUGACUGAGCCACCCAGGCGCCCCAAUGGUGUAUCCCUGUUUUAAAUUUUAGCCAUGUGAUGGGUGUGCAGUGUUACCUUAUUGUGGCUCUAAUUUUCAUUUCCCUGAUGGCGGUGGUGGCGACCGUCUGUGGACGAGCUUGGGUGUCCUCUGUGCGUCCUCAGUGAGAUGUCUGAUCUCGACACACGUCAUUUUCUUUUCCUUUCUCUUUUUAAAUUUUUAAUUUAAAUUCAAUUGAGUUAACAUACCAUGCAUUGCUAGUUUCGGGGUAGAGUUUAGUGAUUCAUCAGCUGCAUAUAUCACGCAGUGCUCAUUCCGCAAGUGCCCUCCUUAUGGCCCUCAGCUGUCAUUUUCUAACAGACUGUGUUUUACUACUGAGUUCUGCGAGUCCUUUAGUAUAAAGUUCUUUGCCAGAAACAUGGUUUACAAAACUCUCUGCGUGUGAUUGGUCUUUUCAUCUCCUUCACACAGGGUUUUCAGCAGAGCAAAUGUAUUGAAAUUCGUUGGGAUCCGGUUUAUCUGCUUUUCCUUUGAUGGGUGGUGCUUUUGGUAUCAAGUCUAAGAACUCUGCUGAGACUUAGAUCCUAGAAGUUUUCUCCUAGGAGUCUUCUAAAAGUUUCAUGAUUUUACAUUUUACAUUUAAGUCCCUGACCCAUUAUGAGCUCACUUUUAUGGACAAGCACCUGCCCAGCACCAUGUAUUGGGAAGGCUACUGACUGCUUCUGUGGCCUUCACUGUGGACAGAUACUUUCACUGGAUAUAGUUCGAGGUGGAUAGUUUAAAAAGACUUCAUUUUGUUAGCAGUGUUCCCGCCUUGUCUCCUGGCCUGAUAGGUUCCUCCAGCGGUCUGUUUCCUUCUGUGCCAGUUACUGACACGUUGCCUCCAGGGCCCGGGCGUCCUGCUUUGCCUGGCUCUGUGACCCUGCCGCUGGACUCCGUAAAGUUUUUUUUUGUUUCUUGGCACGAUGACAAGCUUGGUCGGUAGAGAGAGCUGGGGAUUCAGUGCCGGAGGACUGGCUGCUGCUCUGGGUUCCAGUGUUUUCUUCCCAGGCUCCUGGGGUGUGUGCCUGCCAGAGCACGGGGGAUGCUCCAUGACACCCAGGUAGUGGGCGGCUUCCCGGUGGGUCUGCAUGGCACCCCAUGGGAGGCUUCCGGCUUGUGUCCUGGCACCCUCAGCUCCUAGUUGGUCCGUCUUGCUGGUGCCCCGGCGGGCGGCUUCCCAGCAAGUCUUGGGGUACCCUGGCAGGAGGCUUUCGAUCCCCGGCAAAGUCCACCAGCCGGUACAUCACAGCUGCGCCUUCCAAUGGGGCUCGACUCUUGGCCUUGGUGGGAUGCUAGGACUGUGGCUGAGGUCCGGUGCUUCUCCACGUUUGUUCCUUCCAGGACCCUCUGUCACAGCUCUGGAGGUGGUGGCUGCUCCCAGACCUCACAUUCCUCUCUUCUCUGCAGUUGGUUUACGCUUCAGUGGAGAACCUGUUACUAUUCAAUAGGUCUUUAUAUUAGAUUUUUUCUUUUUCCAGAUUAUUUGUGUGGUUUCUAUCUCUUGACUGAUACACCUUCUUUUUUUCCCCCCAACAUAAGUGAAAAUGCAUCGUUUUUUUUUUCUGGCUGCUUUUAAGAUUUUUCUCUUCAUCAGUGGUUUUCUGUAAUUUGAUUAUGAUUAGCUUUGGGGGGGUGUGUUUAUCGUGUUUACGGCUUGUUGAGUUUGUUAGACCUGUGGAUUUGAAGUUUUUAUCAAAUUUGGAAAUUCCAGCUAUUAUUCUUCAAAUAUCUCACUUUCCCCAUCUUGUGCAGUCUGCAGUUCGGGUUCUUGUGUUUCAGACUGUUGGGUGUGGACACACCCCAGUCGGCAAGCCUCUGUCGGUGAGCCUCAGCUCUUCUGCUUCAGGCUGUUUUCUGUUGGUGCCUCAUUUCGGGUACAUUCUGUUUCUACACCUUCAGGUUCCCUGAUCUCUUCUGUGGCAUCUCAGCUGCUGUUAAUCCAAGGCCGAGUAUUUUCUGUAUCAUACUGUAACUUUCACGAGGGCCCCGUUGGCUCAGCCGGUGGAGCCUAUAACUCUUGAUCUUGGGGUUGUGAGUUCGAGCCCCAUGUUGGGUAUAGAGAACACUUAAAAAUAAAAUCCUUUAAAAAAAGAAAGAUACUGUAAUUUUCAUCUUUGUAAGUUUGCUUUUUAUUAUCUUGUAUUUUUUUAUUUUGCUUUUUAAAAAAUGUUUUCCAUUUCUCUUCUGCUCAUGCUCACUAAAAAAAAAAAUCCUUGAACAUUUGAGCCCGUUUAGAAUAAUUGCUUUCCUUUUCUGCUAAUUCCUUUGUGUUUGACACUUUGGGGUCUGCUUCUAUUGACUGUUUAUUUUCUGCUUAUAGGACACAUACAGGGACUUGAGUACAUCUAAAAAGUUUCUGAUUGACUGCCUGAUGCCAUGGUGUCUUCAUGGUGGAGUGCUGAAAUUUGUUAUAUUCCUUUAAAGAACAUUCGCUUGCUCUGGUAGGCAGGCACGCUGUGGAUGAAGCCAGUCCUUUGAGUUCCUUGGGGGUUGGAUCUGGAGUAGUCCCACCUCUGAGGUGCCAUCCACCUGGUGUCCCUGCUGGACACCCUGCAAGUUCAGUGAAGUCCAUGCACUGGCCGGAAGGGAUGCAUGGAGAUUGUUACCAGAACUCACUUUCCCUGGCCUCGUGGGGGUGCAGCCAUGUGUGAGGACCCCUCUCUUAGGCGCUCUGGCCCAGAUUUGAGCUGCCUUGCCUGAGUUCCAGUCUCCACCUUGACUCAGGAGGUCGUUGCUCUUCCUGUGCUGCAGUUAGGAGUUACUUCUAGGUGCAGAUCCUCGCGGAUGUGGCCUUUCGUAGGAACUGCUGACCCACGCUCUUCCAGUUGGUUAUGAUGGAAGGGCUGUCGUGCUCCCUGUGGUCAGAGGCAGAAGUUUUUAUUGCAGUUUUAAUUUACAUUUAUCUGGUGGUAAGUGAGAUAGAGCAUCUUUACUUGAGCUGUCUGUGAAUAAUCUUUGCCUGGUUCUUCGGUGUACUUUGUGGAGAGUGGGGGACUGAGUUGAAAGUGAUCUUUCUAGCCUCUCAUCUGUUGUAUGAAUUGCAAAUUUUUUCCAUUUUUCCUUUUGGCUUUUUUUUUUCCAAGAUUUUAUUUGUUUGACAGAGAAAGAGAGUACAAGCAGAGGCAGCAUCAAGCAGAUGGAGAGGGAGAAACAGACUCCCCACUGAGCAGGGAGCCCGGUGUGGGGGGCUCGAUCCCAGGACCCCAGGAUCAUGACCUGAGCCGAAGUCAGUUACUUAACUGACUGAGCAACCGUGGCGCCCCUCCUUUUGGCUUUUUAAAUGUCGUUUGCUUUUUAGUUUUAUUAUUUUUUAAAAAGUAUUAUUUUUUUUAAAAGAUCUUAUUUAUUUGACAGAGAGAGACACAGCGAGAGAGGGAACACAAGCAGGGGGAGUGGGAAAAGGAGAAACAGGCUUCUUGCUGAGCAGGGAGCCCGAUGCGGGGCUCAAUCCCAGGUCCCUGGGAUCAUGACUUGAGCCGAAGACAGACGCUUAAUGACUGAGCCACCCAGGCGCCCCUGUUGUUUGCUUUUUAGUACAGAUUUUUUUUUUUUUUUUGUAGCCAAAUUUACCCAUCUUUUUAUUUCUGAUUUCUGGGUAUCGUACUGUAUUCAGAAAGAUUUUCUCCGCUCUGUGUACCUUUGAAGAAGUCUGUUUAGGAAGGGGGGACGGCAGUGUGGGACGGAGGGCAGGACCAUCACCCCUGCCACCAUGAGGGGAUGGGAGCCCGAUGGGAGGCCAACAUGCACAAAGACUGAUUCCAACGUGCACAAAGACUGAUUCCACGUCAGAAGCUGUUCCGUUUUUUCCCCCCAAUCCUGGCUUUUUACUGUGAAAUGGAAGCAGAGUGGCACUUUCUAGGAGUUUCAGUGGGGUUUGCCAGUUUUUGAAGCAGAAAAUUGCAAGCCCUACAUUUGGCGUUAUGCUUUGCUGGUUCCAAUUACGUGACAAAGAAAUGAAAAAACUAGAAUAAUAAAGCUGUUUUCAUGGC